AUGUCGGACAAGACGAAGGGAAGGAAAGAGGAGGUGGUGACCAGAGAGUACACCAUCAACCUUCACAGACGCCUUCAUAGCUGUACAUUUAAGAAGAAGGCACCAAAGGCGAUCAAGGAGAUAAGGAAGUUUGCAGAGAAGGCAAUGGGGACAAAGGAUGUGAGAGUGGAUGCGAAGCUGAACAAGCAGAUUUGGAGCAGAGGUAUCAGAGGUCCUCCUAGAAAGAUUAGAGUCCGAGUUGCUCGCAAGAGAAACGAUGACGAAGAUGCAAAGGAAGAGUUCUUCUCUCUUGUCACUGUUGCUGAAAUCCCUGCCGAGGGACUUAGUGGCCUUGGCACUAAAGUCAUUGAUGAAGAGGAUUGA